AAGUUGGCACACACACACACACACACACACACAGGCACGCACAAGCAUACAGACAUAACUUUCUCAGACACGGCUGACACAUUGUGAACGACUGCUUGCUGGAGAUAAUGCGUUUCAAUGUAAAGGACACACACAUCCUUUAAUGCCUUAUUUUCUCACACAAGAGCACUCAGCGGGCAGUUCCUCCUAGAACCAAAAGAUGGAUUCCACAGUAACCCAAAGCACACUAUCCUCGGCCAUGAGCUCCAUGAUGACCUCAAACCCCGUAUCCAGUGGCUCAAAACUGUUGGAUGAUCCUCCAAAGUACCACCCAGCCCUCCUGGCCAUCUACUCCGUGGUUCUGCUCAGCGGCACCAUCAGCCUGAGCCUGAUGAUGCACAUCAUGAAGUCCAGCACGACAUCCAUCACCUCCAUCGCCGUACUCAACCUGAUCUUCGCCCACUUCGUCUUCCUUCUCACUGUGCCCUUCAGGAUUUACUACUACGCUACUUAUCAGUGGAACCUGGGCUUCGGGUGGUGUAAAGUGGUCAGCAGCAUGAUCCACAUCCACAUGUACAUGUCUUUCGUCUUCUACGUGAUCAUCCUCAUCACGCGCCUGAUGUCGUUCUACCACAGAGACGACCGGGUGGCGUCCCUCCAGAAGAUGCAUGCGCUUGUCGGCAGUGCUGUGCUGUGGCUGGUGGUGCUUAUCACAGUCCCGUGCAUAAUCCAUUUUUCCUAUGGCAAGGCUCAGGGGCUGAACAAUAGCAAUACCACACGCUGCUUCCAGUUCGGGAACAACAUAAAGUCUUCUGCCAAGGUGGUGAACUACAUCAUAAGCACACUCAUCAUAGUGGUGGCCACAGUGCUGACAGCCUUCCAAGCCAAUGUCUUGAGGGUUUUAUACAGGAAGCACCACGAGGGAUGCACCUCUCAGCAGGACUUCGGGGCUCAGCUGAAGAGUUUGUGCUUUGCUCUCAUCAUGGUGGUCUGCUUCAUCCCUUACCACAUAUUCCGACUGAAGUACUUAGAACAGCUCGAACUGCAGGAUGUCAACGAGGUGUUUCUAAGUCUGACCACUUUCAACUGUUUGGACAUGCUCACCUUUUUGGGAAGGAGAACUUGCUACAUGUGUUACCCUGGAAAGGCUAUCUGACAGCUGUUGGUAGCAUGUGUGUCGGGGGGUUGCUUUUAAUUUGUAACUUCAUUUCACUUUGCUGUUCAUCAUUGCAUUAUGAGUUUCUAGUAAGAGAUUUGCUUCAUUACAGGGUCAGUGUGUAGGAUUUAGGGGGAUGCAUUGGCAGAAAUUACAUAUAUUAUAAUGAGUGUGUUUUCGUUACCUUAGAAUGAGCUGUUUAUAUCUACAUAGGGAGCGGAUCCUUGUCUACGAAGAUCACCAUGUUGCACCUGUAUGUUUCUACAGUAGCCCUGUAUGUUUUCACGUUGGUCACUGUGAUUAGAGGUAGCACUGGCGAUCUGAACCGGUCAGUGGCGAAAAAAAAGCACUUUUAAUGCGCAAACUUAUACAGGACGCACUUGCCCCCAUACCUACCUCACAAUUUUAAAACGAGUUGUACCUAUGAAUCAUACAUACACAUGGGGAAAUAGGGCCCAGGUUGAAAAAUACCAAAGUUAUCCUUCAAGUUUUCGUCUCAAGGUUUACUUAAAAUGUUCACUUAAGUAUUUAUGGUUUUCUCCUUGUCUUGGUCUUAUACUUAAGGAAUCGUCUUAGACCGUUGCACGAAAGAACUUAGCAACCGAAGCGAGGUUAAAAAAAACUUAAGGUACCUUUGACUCUAUCUUAACUGCAACAUGACCGAGUUUAUGUUGAUGAUUGAAAAUACCUAACACACCCUGAGAAUAGUGUUCUGCGACCAGUUGAACCCAACAGAUUUUACACUAUAGGUGUGACUGAAUUUAUUUUUCUUGCCGUUUCUUCCUAUAAUCGUUUUCUGUUUCCUGGUAUUUGUGCUUGCUAUAAUUGCUUUCCCCCAGAACUACAUUUAUUUCCUCCUCUGACCAAUAUGGUUUCCUUGUCUUCUGUUCUUCUGCAUUUUUUUUCACUACCUAACUAUAAGCCAACUUAGUGAGACGAUAACAGGCAUCACAAGUGUGAGUGCAAGCCAAAAAACAAUCUCUUUCGGCGCAAUAAGCAAAUUAACAUUUUUCCUUUACUAAGAAAACCUUUUAAGGGAUUCUGUGUAACUGUGUGAGUCCCUCGGCUAAGGAGAAAUUAGGCCUUAAGGAGCAAACUGAAAGUGUUUUGUGCAACUGGUCCCUGGAUCUUGAGUUAUCGAAGAAAAAGGUGAGCGCACAUUAUCAGGUGCUGGGCUAGCGGCCUUUCUCUAGCAUGCCAAACAGCCUAGGAGAAACACUGAUUUGUAUUGUGAACCUGCUUUAUUCAGUGUUCUGACUGGUUUAAAUCAUCUGUUUUGGAGAGGAAGACACUUAUGGAUAAUUCAGAACAAUGAACACUGAAGGAAUUCUAAUAAGGAGAAGUUUCAGCUGGUUGCAAUACAUAAUCCUCACCACUAGAUGCCACUAAAUCCCCCUAAACCUUACACACUGAUCCUUUAAUCCUACCAGUUGUUUCAUCUGCAUUUUUUUUUUUUUUGUGAUGUGACUUAUUAAACUGUGUUGUACUUAUUUAAAUUAUUAUAAUAAUGUUUGCCUUUAUUUGAUAGCUGAAAGUUGUUGAGAAAGUUGUAGUGAUAGUUGAGAGAGGUGUGACAUGAUGUAGUAAAGGCCAAUGUAGUGUGUGUCUUAACCUCCUACCAGGCUAUCAAGGCACCUUUUAAACUGUGUUUCUAUUUAUGAAAGAAUGUGACAUGUCUGGAAACUGUCCUUUACUUUUUCAAAAUGAAUGAACUCUUGCCAUCUGCUGGUCUUUGGAUAUACUACACAGGCCUCAAGCUUAACAUUUGUAAUGCUAGAUUAUGCUAAUGGUCUUUACUGUAAGUUUCUUCAUGUUUCUUACAAAGUGUGACUUCAUAUGAAAUACGCGAGUGGAAAUACAAAGAUAAAUAUAUUUUACCAUAUUUGCUAACACUUAACCCCUGUGUGCAUAGCUGGAGUGAAAUAAAUGUCUAA